AUGCAGUGGUGUACCGCCAACCCUACCUCGCCACCCAUUCACCUUCUGGGCUCUCCCCUUGUUUUGAGACGUCUCAAAACACUCCUUUUUUCACCUCGCCACCCAUUCACCGUCUGGGCUCUCCCCUUGCUCCUCGUUCUCCAACUGCUGGCAGGACCCGCUUUUGAGGCGCCUCAAAAGUUGGCUCUCCCCUUGCUCCUCGUUCUCCAACUGCUGGCAGGACCCGCUACGUGCGAGCGAUCGAGUGCUGGAGGAGGCCGGCUGUUACCUGAUCCACGAGGAGGAUGCAACGGUGUACCGCUGGCCCUACCUCACUCCCCUUGCCCCUCUCAUAUCCCCUGCUGGCAGGACCCGCUACGUGCUAGCGAUCGGGUACUAGAGGAGGCCGGCUGCUACCUGAUAGACGAGGAGGAUGCAAUGGUGUACCGCCGGCCCUACCUCGCCAGUGGUGCCUCGGGGUUUGCACUCACAUCCAUCACCCGAGCGUUUCAAAAGGAUCUCAAGGUACGCAGAGCGGAUGGGAUGGGUUUUGAGCUCACAGCAACUGCACCUAUCCCAUGGCGCAUGGGGCUGUGCCCUCACAGCCAUAACGAGGGCCUUUCAAAAGGAGCUCAAGCUGUCACUCCCCCUGGUGGUCGCCAAGGCCCUCACUGUCCCUCCUCCUCAAGCCAGCUCUCCUCCUGUCAUCUGGGGGCAUCAACCACCGCUGCUGCCGCCACUCGAAUUUGGCUUGAUAAUGCUUCUGCUGCCACUCUCCUCCUUAGCCACAGCGUCCCUCCCUCUGGUCUCCAAGGCCCUCUCAGCUGUCUCUCCCCUCCCCUCUCAGUCCCCGCUGCUGCUGCCACUGGGCUUUGGCUUGAUAAUGCCUGCUUGUGCCCUCCCUCUCUCUUUAUCCACACCCCUUACCAGGCGUCACACCCUCUAGUCUCCAAGGCCCUCGCUGCUGUGUCUGCCCAGCCCUCCUCCUCUUCCACCAUUAUCUGGGGCAUGAAGGACCGCUGGCAGUCGUUUGACGAGGUCAGGGAAGCGCGCAGGGCAGCCGGGGCCGUUCUAGUGACUCUGGACGAGGAGCAUCACUCUGCCGCGUUAACCCGCUGCGACGCCGACGAAAACGACGAAAGCGACGCCGACGACGGAGACGACUUUGGUGACGACGUUAGCGACGACUUGAGCGACGACGAUGGCGAGAGCGACGACGAUGACGAGAGCGACGACGAUGGCGAAAGCGACGCCGAAAACGACGACGGCGAGUCGGACGACUCGUACGAUAUCGACGAGUACCACCUCGGAGAGCGGCUCGGAAGGGCGUAUGACUCAACAGAAGACACGUUUCGAGACAGGGAAACGGAUCGAGAGAGGGAAACGGAUCGAGACAGAGAAACGGAUCGAGACAGGGAAAUGGAUACAGAGGCCGAAACGGGUCGCGUGGAGGAGCAGGGUCGCGUGCGGAAACCGGAUCGCGUGGAGGAUUCGGGUCGCGUGGGGGAACCGGGUCGCGUGGGGGAACUGGGUGGUCUCGAGGUCCCUUGGUACGAACUACGGGGAUGCGAGAACGAAGACGAGAUAAUGGUGGAGCUCGCGGCGCGGAGGAGCCUUUGGAGCGAUGCGGAGCUGAUGGAGCUCGCAGCGGCUGUCGUUUUCUGCCGGCGCAGCGAGGAGGCGACGCGACGGAGCAUUGGGCAAGAUUACUGGCGACAGGUGUGGCGCGUGCUCAGACGCGCCAACCCUGAGUGGCGGCGCGUUCCGACGGCAAUGGCGAAGCAGUGGGAGCGCAUGAAUACGCGCUACGACCAGGAGAUUCACAAUCAGCGGCGGAAGCAGAAGCGGCGGAGGAAGCGGGGGGGGACGGUGGGGGGCUCAGUUGAGCAGCGGCAGGGAGGGGUUACUAACGCGGAUGAUCAGCCUAAUAACGAGUCAGGGGGGAACGCAGGGGCGCAGGCAAAAGUGAGGAGAAGGCCCAAGGGGGGGCGGAAGGGUAGGGGGACUAGGACAGAACCAGCAUGGUUUGAGUACAUUCGAUUGUUCAAUGGGACUGAGCUUGAGGCGAGGAAAAAAAUGGCAGGAAAACAGGCUAGAAGAGCAGCUAGGGUGGCUACUGCUGUUGCUGUUGCUACGGGGUUUACAGAAAGGAGGCAGCAGCCUGCUGAAAUGCCAGCUUAUGCGUUUCCUGGCAGCAUUGGUUCAUGUUGGGGAGAGAUGGGAUGGCAGCCGAAGGGGCCGCAGCAGCAGGAGCAGGAGCAACAGCAGCAGCAGCAGCAGCAGCAGCAGCAGCUACCGUUCUCUUCACCAUCUGCUCUCCUCCCUCUACCAGCAGCAGUGCCACCCACUGUCUCCCCUGUCGCCCCUGAGGGACAACCCUCCGACUCAAGCCAACCCUCCGACAACUACUUGCAAAGCCUUCGCUGCAGAGUCACUCAAGUUCCCAAAGCCACAGGUCCCAGUGCCUCUACUCUUCCUGACCCGAUGCAAACACAUGGUGGGCCGUCAGAUUCUGACUUGAUCCGAAACAACGGAGGAUACGACUGCAGCCUGCUGCGGCUGCCUGGGAAUGGGGUUACGUUUACUACAGGUGCUACAGUAGAGGGUGAUUUGACUUCUCGGGGGGGUUCACUGCAUGAAAGGGGUCGUAGAAGGGAGCCGCAAGAGCGGAAUGAGAGAAGAUCUGCAAGGAGAGGAAUGGAGAGGUCUACAGGAGGUGGAAAGGGCUCGAAUGCAGGGGUUUCGGGCGAGAGGUGGGGCGAGAGGGGGGGCAGGAGGUUGGGUGAGAGAUUGAGUGCAGCCAUGGGUGCUGCUGUGAGAAACGCGUGUGUUCAGUUUGAUGUGCUCACAAGAGAGUUGCUGCAGGAUGCUUACUCGCGGUUUGAGGAGCUUUCACAGCGACUGGCAGAAGAUGCUUCUGCUCAGUUUGAGGAGAUUGCGAGAGAGUUAAUGGAGGAGACUGCAGCGGCUUGCCGAGAUGGCAAGAGGCGCAAGAGGAGGUAA